GCCGAGGCAUCGCGGGCAAUCAUCUGCGAGCUGCGCACAUUCUCGAUUCGAUGGAGAGAAGCAGAUUGUAUAAGAAUAGAGAUAAGAGCAGCGAGGUAACAUGAGUUGAACAUAGUAAUCAGCAUGGUGUCAGGAACUUCGAAGACGACGUGCUGAUCAGUCGGUAGAACUUCGCAAAGCCAAGAAAGAUGAACAACUUCAGAAGCGCCGCAACAUCCUCACAGCUGAGCUUGAUGAAACCACGCCGUUGAGAGAAAAACAGGUUGAUACUUCUAAGCCUGGUUCCUACGACGAUGUUGUUCGAGAUAUGCAGUCAAACGAUGAAUCCGUGAGGACUAAGGCAGUCCGUCUCUGCAGAAAAUCUCUGUCAGUGACGAAAGAUCCUCCAAUUGAAGAAUUUUGCAAGAGAGGAGUUAUCAGUAUUCUCAUUUCAAUGUUGAGUUCUACGAAUGAUGAUCUUGUUUUUGAGGCAGCCUGGGCACUGACGAAUAUUGCCUCUGGAGAUAGUCGACACACGCAUUCUGUGGUUGACUCUGGCGCAGUUCCGGAGUUAAUACGACUUCUUGGUCAUCCUGCCACCUGUGUAGCAGAGCAAAGUGUGUGGGCGCUUGGAAAUAUUGCGGGUGAUGGGGCGGUGCUCAGAGAUCUUACCAUAAAAUGUGGUGUUUUGGAUCCAGUUGUAAAACUUUUAGAUCGUACUUGGAAUCUGCCGGGAGUGGUUGCAAACAUCACUUGGAUGCUGUCUAAUCUGUGUCGUUAUCGUGACCCGCCUCCUGCGCGUGAGGUGCUGAAGACAUUGCUCCCAGUGUUCAGUCGACUUCUUCGCUACGAAGGUAACGAGGACGUGAUUGGGGACAGCGCGUGGGCGUUGUCAUACUCAAGCGACGCAGUGAAUGAUUUCAUUGACGACAUUAUUGAGAGUGGAUGUGUCCCACGUCUCCUUGGUCUGUUGGCAUCUGUUUCGGUGAAAAUCGUUUCUCCCGCACUCAGGACGAUUGGCAAUCUUGUAGCUGGGAGUGAUGCGCAGACACAAGCUGUUCUUGAUGCUGGUUUGUUAGAUUACAUUCCAGCCUUGUUAAGUAACGAGAAGUCUACCGUUGUCAAAGAGGCAUGCUGGCUUGUCAGUAAUAUAGCAGCAGGUAACGUGCACCAGGUAGACAUGGUAAUCAAACAUGGCGUAUUACCAUGCGUCCUAGAAAUACUUCACAAGGGUGAAUACAAAGCACAGAAAGAAGCCUGUUGGGUCAUCAGUAAUAUAAUAACCGGCGGGACAACAGAACAAUGCGCCUACCUACUGAAUCUCCCCAUCUUCAAGGCUUUGAAGAAUCUCCUUUCAGUUUCAGAUGCUAAAGUCAUCCUCAUGACUCUGGAAAUCAUCACAAAGCUCCUUGAGGUCUCUGAUCAAUACGGCCAGUUGGAGCCUGCGUGUAUCGAGCUGGAGACAUGUGGAGGUCUAGACAAGUUGGAGGCCUUACAAGAUCACUGUAACCAGCAGGUGUACCAGGCUGCGUAUAACUUAAUUGAGAAGUACUUCAAUGAUGGGGAUGACGAUGAGAAGCAGGACGAGAAUGUUCUCCCUGAUGGUACAUGCAGCACCGAAGUGGCAGCCAACUCAGAGCAAGAAUUCCGGUUUAUUGCACCUGAUUCCACUUUGGGGAAAGAUGGUGACUUUCAGUUUUGAUAGAUAUUGCGUUGCUAUUACUAACUACGCAUCUACCUAUUAAUUCCUAUGUAGAUAGAUAAUUGACGAUAUUAACCUUCAGAUUGAGAAGUGACAGUUUUGCAAUGCUUUUAUUUCUGAAAUGAUUUUGUAUAUAGAAUAAUAAAUAUUUUUGUUACUGA